CAACGUUUCCUCAUCGUGCCGUCUUCCUGUUUCAGAUAUUCGCUUCUAGCGACCUCUGGAUCCCUUCCUUGCUGGCAUUCGUCCAUGAAAUCUUGCCGCCUGAGUGCGCGGCACUCCAUGACCACAGGCCACAGCACGCUCGUCGGCCCGUCUCAGGGUUCGCGGUGACCGCAGCUGAGCGAUCAAUCGGUCAUCUUCGUUCCUGGUAUACAUUUUCUUUGACGUCCAGAGCGUGAUAACUCGGUUUAGAUCUGGUAUUUCCCCGGACGUAUAUUCACCUCUCGCGCUGCCGGUGCUUGUCAUCACUUACCCCGCGGAUAUGGCUUCACGUCUGCCUGGCUCGGGCACCGGCCCCUCGCAACCUCAUAGCGUCGAAAGUAUCACUCGAAUGGCACAGGAUUAUGAAUACAAUCCUCGAAUUCCCCUCAGAUACUGGCUAAGAUCUGCAGCUACGCUAUUUAGGGAGGCUCGCGUCUACGAACGGGAAGGACACGAUGAACAGGCCUAUUUACUUCUUUUCAGACAUGCUCAGCUCAUACUCGUUAAUCUUGCGAAGCAUCCGGAAGCCAAAGAUGAAGACAAUCGUAAGGCUUUAGUGGCGGCGGAGAAGGAUGUUAAAAAGGGCAUUGAGAAAAUGGAAGCUCUAAGACCGCGCAUUAACAAGCGGUACGAGAACUAUAUCAAAUUGAUGCAUGAUCAUCACUCUCGACGGCCACCCCGCGCUUCACAUGAUGCUUUGGGACAAAUGCCUUCUGACCCUGCCAUGGCCGGUGUUGCGAAACCGUUGGAAGCUGGAGAGCAUAGAGACCUGGCGGUUAGAAUAGCGCGGAAUGAAAUCAGUCGAAGAGCAACUGCUCGGAGGGCGACAAGAAGAGCGGGAAUACCUCAAGAGGAGGCGCACAAUAGACGUGGUGCCGGAGUUUGGGACGGUGCGAGCUCCUUUGUCAAAGAUGCUCCUCCGGAAGCGGAUAAUGACCUGAGCAAACGCAUUCAAGAUGUGAGGAGGAAUAUCGACCACUCUCGAACAGAAGCUUUCCCUUUACAGCACUCUAAGCAACCCGCUUCAUCCGCGUUGUCUCCGGUGUCAGCCUAUAAGUACCCAAACGUCCCUCGGCAAAAGUCGUUAGAUGUUGGCUCUAUCCCCACGGUCGUCAAGUCUGGAGACGGGACUGUACGUCGCUCAGAACCGCCCAAUUUACCUCCAAAAGAACGUCUCCCUGUGAGUCGGCCGUUUGACUUAGGUGGGCUACCACCGCGCCCAACAAAAGAGCUACCAGCACCACCUCCGGCACUUCCUGAUAAGGUAAAACCGGUAGAGGAGGCUGAAAUGGUGCGCACAGAGCUGGAUCCGUCUAGCUAUACGUUCAAGCCGUCCGCCUAUCUUGAGAACGGGACGCCCCUCCGCAGCGUUUUCAUAUCGUCCGAGCUACGGCAUCGAUUUCUCUCUCUGGCUGCAUCGAAUACCCGCCGUAACCUUGAAACAUGUGGUAUCCUCUGUGGGACGUUGAUAUCUAAUGCUCUCUUUGUCUCGAGACUCCUGAUUCCAGAACAAACGGCGACCUCAGAUACCUGCGAAACAGUCAACGAGUCCACGAUUUUUGAUUACUGUGACUCCGAGGACCUCAUUGUGCUUGGCUGGAUCCAUACGCAUCCUACUCAAACCUGCUUCAUGAGUUCGAGAGAUCUGCAUACGCAUUGCGGUUACCAAGUGAUGCUCCCAGAAAGCAUUGCGAUAGUGUGCGCACCGAGCAAAACUCCUGACUGGGGUGUUUUCCGACUCACAGACCCUCCGGGAUUGAAGGCAAUUCUCAAUUGUACCCAAACGGGCUUGUUCCAUCCGCAUUCAGAGUCGAAUAUUUAUACAGACGCUCUCCGGCCAGGCCAUGUUUACGAAGUCAGCGGGCUUGAGUUUGAGACGGUAGACCUGCGCCCAAGUGUCUAAAAAGGCAGCUGGUUAAUUUUCUAACGGCUUUUCUCUGUUGUCUUAUCUUUAUAUUUGCGGGUGUCUCUUACAUGACUACCCUUCACGUAUCUCUUAUACCCUGUUCUUCUACGGUUUGCAACACAUUCGUGUGCCGUUGGAACUGCUAAAACUUCCGUUUACGAAAGUCAUGGCGUCUACGAAUUCAAUAUGCAAUGUGUUUACUAGCAUUAUUGGUACUUCAUUUUGUCUGGGCUGGGUGGCAUGCGCGCUGCAUUAAAGUACUAUGGGAAACACACUGAGGAUAUGAACCGGUAUUUAUCUAUCCCUGUUUCUGUCAUGCUCAUCGCGAGCCCUGAUGACCUGCUUAUUCUACAAGAUAUGUCUGUACUAUUAAUACAAUGACUUGAGUCUAUGGUUGGUUGAUUUGGUCAAUUGACCUAGUCUUCAUUCCACAUCUAUGUGAGUGUCUUUCUACGGCAGCCCAUUCUCUCUCUCGACAAUAUACAUAUACCACUUGCGCAAAGCAGCCGCAUACGCCACUGUUGUCUCCAUCUACUCCGACGUAGCACUCCCACUUCUUGACCGAGUCCGAGAACGAGAACGACCCUUCUCUCUCGUCUUGGACUGAGAGCGACGUCGCGCACCCGAUCCGGCCCUCACACCAGCGAUUCUCGACGCCGUUGGAGGACGAUUGACUCCCGACCCUCGUCGACCACUUGAGGUGGUGUUCUGUGUGGUGCGUCUAUCGGGGCCUCGCAUCUAUUAAUGUCACCGUGAUGGAUUGUUGUUAGUUUAGAUACCUCGUUUAUCUUUCAAUAAAUCGGCGUCUUGCUGAUGGAGGCCCUUUUAUGCGUUGUGACUUUUCUUACCGAAGCAUCUGUGGUCGAUAUCUAGUUAGCUUCCAAGACGGCUUGACUAUCAGUACUUCACUGGGUAAUUAAAUUGUAUUAUUAUUACCUGGGUUUGCACGGACGGAUUCAGAAGAAGCCAUUUUUAUUUUAUUUUGCCUCUUCCUUUUCUUUUUCUUUGUCUUUCUUAAAAAGGCCUGGGGUUGUUGAUGGGAUGGUGGUCGGUAUAAUUACCAGUAGAUAGAUCGAUAGUCAAGAAGGAACUAAAAUAGUAUGUAUAUACAGAACAGAU